GAAUAAACAGCGUCAUGUGUCACGAGUCAGCUGACCUGAAGCAAAACCAAUCGGAUUCGGGCUCACAGGAAGACAAACCGACGCACGCGGCGAAGGGUUGAAGUUUACUUGUGUCCAGCCAAUAUACAUACAUGAAUACCGAGCAGGUGUCGGUUCUGUACUUUGCAAAAAGUGCCGAAUUAACGGGACUUAAAGCAGAAAACAUAACGGUUCCGUCAAACAUAUCCUCUCUACGGCUGUGGCAGCAUUUGGAGACCAGACAUCCAAGACUCUCUGUGUUACGGGAUCAGGUGGUUCUGGCUGUGCGUCAGGAGUACGUGCCUCUGGGAGAGCAGCCCCUGACCCUCAGAGACGGGGACGAGGUGGCCGUUAUACCGCCCCUCAGUGGAGGCUAAAGACAUUAAUAAGGUAUGGCUGCAGACGGGGGUCAGGAUCUAAUUACACUCACUGUUGACAAGCUCUCUGCUGAUCGUGUUUCUGAAUCUGUUACGUGUCCCUCCUGUGGCGCUGUGUCUCUGUUUAUUG